GGCGUGGAGGCGGCGCUUUGCGUCUAGUACAGUCAUCCCAAGCCUCUUCGGCGGGAUUGUAAUGGCCAGAGAGAUGACGAUCUUAGGAUCAGCUGUUUUGACUCUCCUGUUGGCUGGCUAUUUGGCACAACAGUAUUUACCAUUGCCUACUCCAAAAGUGAUUGGCAUUGACCUAGGUACCACCUAUUGCUCUGUUGGGGUGUUUUAUCCUGGCACGGGAAAAGUAAAGGUGAUUCCAGAUGAAAAUGGGCACAUCAGUAUACCCAGCAUGGUGUCCUUUACGGACAAUGAUGUAUAUGUGGGAUAUGAAAGCUUAGAGCUUGCAGAUUCAAAUCCUCAAAAUACAAUAUAUGAUGCCAAAAGAUUCAUAGGUAAGAUUUUCACCCCAGAAGAGCUGGAGGCUGAAAUUGGCAGAUACCCAUUUAAGGUUUUACACAAAAAUGGGAUGGCAGAGUUUUCUGUGACAAGUAAUGAAACCAUCACCGUUUCCCCAGAGUAUGUUGGCUCUCGACUGUUACUGAAAUUAAAGGAAAUGGCAGAGGAAUAUCUAGGAAUGAACGUUGCCAAUGCUGUCAUUUCUGUACCAGCAGAGUUUGACCUGAAACAGAGAAAUUCAACAAUUGAGGCUGCCAACCUUGCAGGACUGAAGAUCCUGAGGGUAAUAAAUGAGCCCACGGCAGCAGCGAUGGCAUAUGGUCUCCACAAGGCUGAUGUCUUCCAUGUCUUAGUUAUAGACUUGGGUGGAGGAACUCUCGAUGUGUCAUUACUGAACAAACAAGGAGGGAUGUUUCUUACUCGAGCCAUGUCUGGAAACAAUAAACUUGGAGGACAAGACUUCAAUCAAAGGCUGCUUCAGUACUUAUAUAAGCAGAUCUACCAAACAUAUGGCUUCAUUCCCUCUAGGAAGGAGGAAAUUCACAGAUUGAGACAAGCUGUGGAAAUGGUCAAAUUAAAUCUGACUCUUCAACAGUCUGCCAAGAUGUCAGUAUUACUAACCGUGGAAGAAAAGGACCAAAAGGAACCUGGUGACACUGAGCUACCCCAGGCCCUUCUUACCCCAGUGGACGGAACCCGUGUGAGCAAACUGCUUACCCCUGGCCUUUCUAAAAAGGAACAUGGGAAAAGCCAGGUUUUGUUUGAAACAGAGAUAUCUCGGAAGCUCUUUGAUACCCUUAAUGAAGAUCUCUUUCAGAAAAUACUCGUGCCUAUCCGGCAAGUAUUAAAGGAGGGCCACCUGGACAGGACUGAGAUUGAUGAGGUGGUUUUGGUUGGGGGCUCUACUCGUAUUCCGAGAAUCCGCCAGGUCAUUCAGGAGUUCUUCGGGAAGGAUCCCAACACAUCCGUAGACCCUGACUUGGCUGUAGUGACAGGAGUGGCUAUCCAAGCAGGGAUUGAUGGAGGCUCUUGGCCGCUCCAAGUCAGUGCUUUAGAAAUUCCCAAUAAGCAUUUACAAAAAACUAACUUCAACUAAAUGCAGAAGGAAUGAUGAUCAUUUGUCAUCUUGUCUGAUCAUCUCUUCUUGUUAUCAGACUGCCUCUGUCUAAAAUGGAAGGUUCUCACAGAUUUACCUAGAAAGCAACAUUUCCAUACAGGAAACUUUUACAUAGUAUUUUGAUUGAGAAUUGAGAAUGUGACCAAAUUGAUCCUGUUUAAUCUUGGAGAAGUGUCAUUCCCACAAAUACUCAAGUGAUUAGGAGUUGAAGUAAUAGCACUGGUGGCUAUAUCUUCUAGAUUUUGGAAGUAUGUAACCACAUGCACUUAACAUUGUGUUCUAUAAACUCUAAGAGUGCCAAUUCUAAGAUUCUCAGUUCUUAAUGAAUUGUGUUAGUAAGAGCUGGUAGCUGGACCUGUACUUGAAGGACAGUGUUGAUGUCAUGUAUUUACAUUGACUGGGAGAGAGCAGUAUUAUUAAGUUGCAUAUACAAGACUCAGUAACUGCCAUAUGACAAAGGUAGUUUGACACACUCAGUAACCCAUUACAUGUCUCAUUCUUAUGGGCUACAUUCUCCAGAUCAGUUUGCUUUCUUUCUAAGAUAGCUAUCAAUUUAUUCAAAUUUCUCUAUGCCUGCUAGUGGAAACCCUAAUUUGUAUUAUAGUUCCUUCAUCUCCUGUGCAUUGUUCUUUGCUUGGAUUUCCACAGUUCUGUCUAGUGGGUGGAUAUUAAUUACAUCUAAUGUGUUAAUGUCAUAUUAAAGUCAUCACUAUUUCUUUGGUUAUCCAUAAUCCUUGCAGCAUUCAUUACCUUCUGUUGUAUUUUUAUUUCUUCAGUUCUGUUUCUAUAUGUCCUGGAAAAAAAAAAUGUUAAGCUUCCAUAUUAUUUGAUGGAGCUUUACUAAAAUAUUUUUAACCAUAUGUGAUUUUGAAUGAAGAAAAUGUGCCCAAUUGUAAGAGCUGUAUUACUUCAUUAUAUUUUUAAAAUAAUUACAAAAUUGGACUAUUUUCAGCUAUAAAUUUAGCAUGUGGUAAAAUCAUGCCUUUGUGAAGAUUAGAAAUAAAGGUAAUGUGGAACUGGCAGUGUGGAAACCUUUUCCUGAGGUAAGUGACCUAUUAAUGUAUUUGUUUUGCAUUUUUGAUCCUCUAAGAGAAGCCACAAGGACCAAGAAGUAAAUAUAGUCAUUAAGUUUCAGUGAUGUCCAUAUUAUUUGAAGAUAUUUGCAUUUUUUUCCUUAAUAGAGACAUGCUUCAUAUUGAAAAUUGUUCUGGUCAAUCCUUUUGUUAGUGUAUCUGCUUUAUCUAGUGUUGAACAUGAAAGGCUGUUAAAUUUUCGGUUACUGAAAGAGAACUAAGUAAACUUAUUUCGACAUGGAAAUAUUUCAGAUUCUCAUAGUGUAAUGAUGAAUAAAAUUAUUAUUUUUAAUAGGUCUGAAAAGGAAAAUGUAAAAAUUUUCUCAGCAGUAAAAUUGCAAAUUUCAAUCAAAUACUUUCUGUGUACAGAAAAUGUCUGUAGUAGAUUGAUAG